AUGGCAUACCUGCAAGCCAGAGAGGUCCUUGAGACACCGAUUACCGUCCUGCUACUCGGCGACGCCGGUUGCGGCAAGUCGACUUUCCUAUCUGGACUCAAGAGCAUCAGAAACAAGCAAGUGGGCAACACCGAACCAAUAGAUCUCCUCCGCGACAGCGACCAACCAUUCGUGUACGAGAUCAACUUCUCUAAGAAAUCAUUCACACUCGAGAUUUACGACACAGCGAGUCCGAACCAGCACUGGACGACUCUCAGACCGGAUGUUGUGCUUCUGGCGUUUGACAUCUCGAAUCGCGCGACCCUGGAUGGGUUGUUGAGUUGGCGAGCUGAUGUCAUCCGAUAUUUCCAACGGGGUGAGGGCGAGCGCAUCCCCGUUAUGAUGGUGGGGUUGAAGAGGGAUUUGAGAGAGGAAGGCGAAAGGGUCAUUUAUCCGCAGGAGACGUACAGAAUUGCGCAGGAGCUUCGCUGCGAUCGAUAUGCGGAGUGCUCGGCUGUUACUGGAGAGCUUAUGCCGCAGGCGUUCGAGGACCUGGCAAGGCUCGCUUAUGCAACUACAACUGCCGCUGGGGGACAGACGAAGGGUGGUUGUGUUGUCAUGUGA